AUGCCUGAACUUGAUUUGGAGGAAAACAAUCCUUUAUUACCUCCAUCACAAGUAAAUGAUGAGAAUUAUGAAGGUUCCAUUUAUGGGAAUGACGCAAGAUUUUGUCCCAACUCAAGGCAGGUUUUCAGGAUUUGUUCUAAUUUGAAAUUGUUAAUUGACAAAAUAAUCCCAAUUUGUUUCAAAGAAGAGGAAAUCACUUCUUCUAAUUCGGCCAUUUUGAGUGACCCGGUAAUUGACUUGGUGUAUCAAGCCGCAGGUGGUAAAGGUGACGGUAAGGAAGGUACUUCGUCGUACAAAUAUCGUGGAAGUUUGGUGUUUUGUUUAUUGAAAGUAUGCGAUUGGUAUUGGCAGCAGUCUGAAUACGAAUUAUCCGAUAACGAAUUGUACUCGUUACGUGCAUUGACAGCACAAACUAUUGCUGCAAUUGUCAUUGAACGUGAAAAAAGGGACAAGUAUUUGUUUUUAACUAUGUUGUGUCAUAGAUACACCAUUUGUGUUAACGGGGUGGAUGCCACCCCCGUUAGUGCCUUGGAAAUGGCUGUUGAUAUGCAUUCUACUAUUGUUAUUGGAUCUUCUGGGUAUCAAAGAUGCAUCAAGUGGUUAUGGAGAGGUUGGAUCAUCCAAUCUUCAACUGAUCCUCAUUCCUAUGUUUUAUACAAGGGAGCAGCAUCACAGUCAUUUAGAACCCAUUUUGAUCCGGCCAGAAUCAAGACUCCUUUGUAUCAAAAUAUUUUAGAAAUCUUUUUGAGUAUUAUUUACUUGACUAUUUUCACAAUUGUCGUAAAUACUCACGACACCCUCACUGGAGACAUUGAUUUUUUCGAAAUAGUGUUGUAUUUGUUCACAAUCGGAUACAUUUUGGAUGAGUUUAUCAAGUUCUAUCACGUUGGUUGGAAUUAUUUGGGAUUUUGGAAUGCCUUUAAUGACACAAUGUAUAGUAUAUUAACCGUUGCCAUGUGUUUCAGAGUCGCCAGUGUUAAUGCCCAUGGAGCUACCAGAAUUAGAUACGAUGAAAUAUCAUUCAGGGUUUUGGCAUGUGCCUCUCCGUUAAUGUGGUCGAGAUUAUUGUUAUUCUUGGACGCCUACAAAUUUGUUGGAGCCAUGAUCGUUGUUUUGAAAACCAUGAUGAAAGAAUCCAUAUUGUUCUUCUUUUUGUUAUUUGUUGUCAUUGUCGGGUUCUUGCAGGGAUUCAUUGGUUUAGAUUCAUCUGAUGGUAAAAACGAAGCCACGCAAAGAAUUUUAAUAUCAUUAGUGAAAGCUGUUAUUGGAGGCUCAUCGUUUGAAGAUAUGGGGAAUUUGGUUCCUCCGUAUGCUUCGGUUUUAUAUUAUUUUUACCAAUUCAUGUUGACGGUUAUAUUGAUGAAUAUUUUGAUUGCGUUAUAUUCAACUGCCUAUGCUGCCAUUGUUGAAAAUGCUACCGAUGAAUAUUUUGCAUUGGUUGCUCACAAAACAUUGAGAUACAUCAGAGCACCAGAUCAAAACUUGUAUGUUCCACCUUUUAACUUGCUUGAGCUUUUGAUUACUCCAAUUGGCUGGUUCGUAUCCACCAGUACAUGGAAGAACAUCAACUACUAUGUGAUGUUGAUAAUUUAUUCUCCAUUAUUGGCAUAUAUUACAUCUGACGAGUUGUCCAACGCCAGAAGAAUACAAUACAACCGAUUCAAGGGAUUGCCCGACGAUGCUAAUGAAAUUGACACCGAGUGGGACUUGACUGAUGGGUACGAUGAAGAUUCCACCGGGGAUGGUGACAAUUCUUGGGAUAGAAUUAGGGAAAGAAAUCUGGAAAUCACCGAGGAAUUAAGAAUUCAACGUGAAGGUGAAAGACAAGAUCCGGAAUUUAUGAUAAACACUCAUCAGUUUAGUGAAAAAAUUGAUAAAGUUGUCAAACCAGUUGAACAAGCAGGUAAAGCUGGUGUCAAUUGGCAGAUUUAUGAAGUCAUUGAAAAGAUUGACAAAUUGACUAAUUUGUUGGAAGUUGUUGUUGCAGAAAAUCAAGAAUUGAAAAAGAAAUUUGAAAGUAAAGCUUAG